AUGGGAUCCAAUCAUCCCGCUCCAGGCGGGUCUUCAGUCUCCCGCAGCAGCGCAAGAAGAGCAUCGGUGUCGGCAGCCCCUGGAAAUAGUCAUGCAUAUCCCGCCUACAGCGACAAUUGCCAUCAUAGCCACGCCCGACCGGAGCCAUCGCGUCAGAGACAUCGCGAACAGACUCCCGAUAUGCCGCCAGAGGCUAUUCUUCAGAGGCGCGCAGAGGCCCUGGCCCGGCAAACUAGGAUACCCAGAUCGCCCUCCCCCGCCGUACCACCUCUGUCACCCAGGCCGCCGAAGAUCCGCGGCGAGAGCUCCUCGAAGGCUCUUCUUAACGCAACACCAGCGACGGAGCUCGAGGAUGCUGUUGCCAAUGUCUCGCGGAGGGUAGUCGGGCGGCAGGUGACUCCUGGUGCCAGUCCGCAUAGGAAACGACAAAGGAUAACAGGAGACCGCUUCAUUCCCACGCGAUCGGGUCGCGAUCUGUCUUCCGGCUUCCGCCUGCUUCAACCACCCACUGACCCAGCGACUCCCUCGCGGCAAAAGGGGAGAACGCCUCAGAAGGAGCUCUCCCAAAAGACGCAAGAAGCCAACCAAGCCUUCUUCCACGUGCUACGGCAUGAAAUGUUUGAUGACACGGUUCCGGUGAUAUCACCCGUGUCCGAUCAGGGACCUUACACCCCUCCCAAAGUCCCAGCCCAACCUCGCCCUUCCAUGUAUACCCCAAGCACUCCACAGAAGAAUCUUUUCGUUUACAACAGCCCCUACCAUCUUACGCCUUCAGGAACGCCUCAAAGCCGAGAGAGCCGAAAUUUCGAUGUGACAUCCGAGGGCUAUAAUCUCACCCCCUUCCGGUACAGCACCCAACGGAUGCUCCUAGCCCCGCGGCGCAUGCAACGAGUGGUCAGCAAAGUGCCCUUCAAGGUCCUCGACGCCCCAGGACUUGUCGACGACUUCUAUUUGAACUUGCUCGACUGGGGGGGCACGAACAUUCUCGCCGUCGGCCUGGACUCCAGCGUGUUCAUGUACAACGCGCAAACCAGCAAAGCCAGCAGGUUAUGCACGCUCGAGGAUGACAAGAUUACCAGCGUAUCGUGGAUUGAGAACGGCAACCACCUCGCCAUUGGCACGAAGAAAGGUCUCGUCCAGAUUUGGGAUGCAGCGCGCUGCAAGCGCUUACGAACCAUGACCGGCCACACCGGUCGCGUCGGCUCACUCGCAUGGAACGCCCACAUUCUCAGCACCGGCUCAAGAGACCGGCACAUAUACCAUCGCGACGUGCGCGCCCCUGACCAAUGGCUCCGCCGACUCGUCGGCCACAAACAGGAAGUUUGCGGCCUCAAGUGGAACACCCAGACGAACCAACUCGCAAGCGGCUCCAACGAUAACCUCGUCAUGGUAUGGGACAAGCUUUCCGAGGAACCACUCUGGAUGUUUUCACAGCACAAGGCCGCCGUCAAGGCCCUCGCCUGGUCUCCUCAUCAACGAGGUCUCCUCGCCUCCGGCGGCGGUACCGCCGACCGCCGCAUCAUCUUCCACGACACGGUACGUGGCAUCGUCAAGAACGACAUCGACACGGGCAGCCAGGUCUGCAACAUCAUGUGGAGCAAGAACUCGAAUGAGAUCGUCUCAACGCACGGCUACUCGCAGAACCAGCUCGUCAUCUGGAAGUACCCGUCCAUGACCCAGGUCGCGAGCUUGACUGGACACACAUAUCGCGUGCUGUACCUGGCCAUGAGCCCAGACGGGAGGUCGGUCGUGACAGGCGCGGGAGAUGAGACGCUCAGGUUCUGGGAAGUGUUUAAUAAGCGGGUGGUGCAUAAGCUAGAUGGGAGUGAUGGGAUUCAGAUGCCUGUUAUUCGCUGA